GGGUUUAUUUCUCCUUCUGGGAAGCCAUAUUCGUAACAGAGAUAUGGCCGCACAAUCUAUGUCCCAAGAAAGCGAUGCGUGGGCCCUAUUGGCCCUCAAAUCGGCCCCGGCAAGUCCCUCCAAGGUGCAAUGGAGUCCCGAGAACAACGGAGUGGCCAUCGCGCGGAUAGAGGGACGAGACCUCGAGUUUAUGGUGCGGCAGAAGAGGAUCACCAUCGGCCGCAACAGCUCGCGAGGCGAGGUCGAUGUAAACAUGGGCCACUCGAGCUUCAUUUCGCGCAAACACAUAGAAGUCUUUUUCGAACAUCCGCACUUCUACAUGACCUGCAACGGCAAGAAUGGCGUUUUCGUCGACGGCGUGUUCCAGCGGAAAGGGGCCCCGGCCCUCCAGUUAUCUAAAAAUUGCACCUUCCGGUUUCCAAGUACGAGUAUUAGGCUGACGUUCCAAUCUCUUGUGGGAGAUGCAGACCCUCCUGUCGCAGUCCGGAUGCCUUCGCCUGCCAAACAAAAGCCAAUGGCACCACUUAGAAUCAACAUUCCAGACUCAGACGGAGGAUUUAGUAGUCCAUUCCCGUCCCCGAGCGGAACAAUUAGUGCUGCCAACUCAUGUCCGGCCAGCCCACGAGGGGGUUCUGGACGCCGCAAUGUAGGCCCUGAUCUUUCGAUGGUAGCUGCAUAUGCAGCAGCUCAGCGGCCAGUUAUUGCAACAGCAAGCACAGAGGACGGUGGAGGAGGUCGAUCUGUAGUCAUCAGCAGCGACAUUGGCACGGCUCCCUCCAGCUCCGUGGUUCCUGAGGAACAACCAACCCAGAAGUUAUAUAGGGCAGGACCAAAUGGAACCGCCACUCCAAUGGCCACUGCUGAACAAUAUAGCCCACCUAAGGAUGACUCAAAACCUCCAUUCUCGUAUGCCCAACUGAUAGUCCAAGCCAUUGCUUCGGCUCAUGACAAACAACUAACUCUCAGUGGCAUCUACUCUUACAUUACUAAAAACUACCCAUACUAUCGCACUGCUGAUAAAGGCUGGCAGAACUCUAUUCGACACAACCUUUCUCUGAACCGCUACUUCAUCAAAGUGCCUCGCUCCACCGAAGAGCCAGGCAAAGGUUCCUUUUGGCGAAUCGACCCCACCUCAGAGGCCAAGCUGAUCGAGCAGGCUUUCCGGAGACGACGCCAACGUGGCGUGCCAUGCUUCAGGGCUCCCUUUGGUCUUGCAUCUCGCAGCGCACCCGCCUCUCCGACUCACAGCAUGGGCGGUCUGAUCACUCCAGAGUCGCUUUCAAGAGAAGGCUCCCCGAUUCCUGACGCCUACAAUGACAGUGCACUCUCGUCUGGAGUUUCUUCUCCCAUCGUAUCUCACGGGUCAUCUCACCUUGAGGUUAAAACCAGCCAGUCAGCCCCUGGAUCGCCUGGACAAGUUCUAAUUUCAGGCGUGGGAUCAUUUGUGAGCAGCACGGUGAUGAACGCUCAUCCGCAACAGUCGGUGGUGGUUGGCAAAACUAGGCUCAUGGUGCCUGCCCAGCAGAUCACUUUGGUUACUAACGGAGUCGUGGCAGAACAGCGCGAAGAGAAAUAUGUUGUCCAAAACAGUGGAAACGGAACUACCACUACAUUAGUUGCUGUCAAGAGUGAAGACCGCUCUGUGUCUCCAGCUGCUUUCACACCAGCCCCUGUCAUUGUUCAAGCAGCAUAUAAUUACAGCGGGACCUUUGUCAGUCCAGCCAGUACUCCAGCUGUUGAUCACCAGGUGGUUGUCGGUAUGAAGCGUAACAUCGAGGAAGAAAUGGAGGUGGUGACUACUUCCACCACUGAUGGUGCUGAUCAUCUUGAAGAAGGUGUGAAAAAGGCUCGAAUAGGGGAGGCUACCAUGGCUGACCACUGAGCUGAGCCUCCUUAGAGAAGCAGCAAUCAAGUAGUUGACCAUUUUAGUAACAGCCACAUUGAUGUGGCUAGAUGGUUUUAUUUUAAGGGUACUAAGAGUGCCCGACCUGAUACAACCAAAACACUCAAAUUUCUUUGCUCUUUGGGUCUUUAUUGAUCAGCGCGGGAUGGUGUGGAAAAUAAACAAAUUCACUCAAGGUUUGUCAAAAUUUCUUGCCACACAGCCUUACUUCGGAUUGAUUGGAACAACAAUGGAUCACUUUCAUUUUAGGACUAGUUUCCUGGAUCUGUUAGAAAUCUUUGUCAAUGUUACAAUGGAUACUAUAUUCGGGGUGGUGAAAUUUGGACCAAAAUUGACAAGAGGGGAAGUAUUAGUGAGUAAACGCACUGGAUAAGUGGUAGCCAUGUUAGUUUUAGCACAUUUUGGGAACAUAAACCAAAGCACAUUCAAUACCUUUACGAAAGAAGGCAAUCCAGUCCUAAAAUCAAAGUUGUCCGUCAUUCAAACGUCUUUACAAUAGUGCGAGAAGGAUGCUGCAAGCCAUUGUCCAACAAUGGAUCAGUGGCUUAAUAUUAAAUCCUGACACAAGUUCAACUUGUUCAAUUUAAGGCUGAGGGUCAAGGACUCUUUGGGGUUUAGUUUCAGGCCGUCUGUUGGCCACACUUAAUGGUUCAAUUUCUGAUUUUGGAGACACAGUUGAUUACAAACACAAAUUUGUAUCUUUUUACAAAAUAUAAUUCUGAUUGGGUGUUAGUGUAGAACGCAAGAUUAAGUUCUAAUCUUGUUAGGCGAGAGUUGUAUGAUACUGUCAGAGUGGUGGUCACACCAAAACAAACGUAGAAGUCGGAUUCAAGUCUUACCCCCCCCCCCCCUCCCCCGAAUCAACAAGCUCGCUAAUAAUGGACGAGAAACAAAAAUGCAAAAAGGCACAAAAUUUUGUCAUUCGGAUAUUUAUUAACUUGGAAUUGUGACUAGUCUGAACAUUUAAAUUCGAAAUUUUGGGCCUUUUCCUCCAAAUAUCAUUAGCAAAAAGUGUAAACAAACAGAACACGCACCACUGAAAAUUGUUCUAUCAAAUGAUUACGAUAAAGAUACUCUCGUGUUUUUGACUUGAAGAUCUCGAACACUCGCGAAUUGCUUUUCAUUCAACAAAAUUCAGUGCAUGCUUAAAUCUGUUGUGCCAUUUGCAUCCUUUCACGUGUUUUAAUUUUGUUGCAAAAUUGGCUAUUCAGAGGAUGACGUUGACUUGAUACAGCUGGUUGGUCACGUUCUCGACAAUUGCAUCCUAUUCUCUUUCACCUUGUUAUCAUUUACAGGUCCAUUUAAUCAUAUUUGGUUGAUUGUUUGUUCAUUUAAUUAUUUACAUGGGUUAUGAAAUGCUGGAUAAUUUAAGUGAAGUCGAGAGCGUACGACCUGUAGCCAAGUCUAGUCGGUAUAUCAAUAAAAUCUAGUUAAGACUUGAAUUAUAUUUGCAACCAACAAGUAUGCACAUGUGAUUUUCUAAAUUAUUGGUUUCAUGUGCAGAACGAGAGAUCAGGUAAAUAAAUCGGACACGUAAAAGUUAGAAAUCAAUUGACUAUAGAUACCAAUUUGUAAACAACUCUGUAUAUUCUUACGUAAGAGAUGUUAAAAUUUUCUUUUGUUCAUUUUAAUUUUCAUGUGUACAUAAAAAAUUAAUGUUUUCAGCUUCAUGUCUGCGCUUAUUUGAAGUACAUAUGGUUACAUAGAUUUGCAUAUAAAUAAAAGGCACUAUCUGUGAA